AUGGGUUCAGAUGGUGCGGUGGUGGUUUUGCGAUUGCGAUGCAGUGUGGUUGGUGGUUGUGUAGUGGUGUUGUGUAUUGGUGAGGCCGUUCACUUACCUCCACUGUUGCCGAACCAGAAGCAGUCACCGAAGCAGUGGGGGGCGAUGAAACCUGUGUCGAUUGCGGGGUCAACUGAGACCGAUAUUCAGAGAAGCAAAGAAUUGGAUAAGUUUUUGGUGGAUUCGAGACUGUAUGAGAGUGCCGAGGAAUCUUCUGAGAGAAAGGGAGUUUUGAGUCGACUCAAACAGUUAUUUUCGGAAUGCUUUUCAAGUUCUGAUAGUUUUUAUUCUUUAACCUGCACAACUUUUAUUUAUUUGAAUGUUUACUGUGUAUUCGAUUGGGACUGUUGA